AUGGCAACACAUAUUUUAUUCGAAACAGCAACUGGUUUCAAUAUUUUCCAAUUAUCUGGUAUGGAAUCAAUUGCAGAAUUUACCGAUCAAGUUCAAAAAUCAAUGCAAGAUUUCAGUAAAUUCAGUAAAGUUUGUAAAAUGGUUGGUUCACUUCCAUUUACAUCAGCAGAAAAUGCCUUAGAAAAUAUCAAUUCAAUCUCUGAAGGUAUUUUAACUGAAAGUCUUCAUGACUUUUUAAAACAAACUUUCUCAAAGAAAACUGAAGGUGUUGUUUUAGGUGUUUGUGAUAAUAAAUUAUCCGCAUCAAUUGGUGAUGAAUUAAAAAUUUCAUGUUUAUCAAAUUCACAUACUUCUGAAAUUAUUAGAUGUAUUAGAAAUCAUAUUUCUGAAUUUACAAAAUUAAAAUCAGCAGAUUUAUUGAAAGCACAAUUAGGUCUUGGUCAUAGUUAUUCAAGAUCCAAAGUAAAGUUUAAUGUACACAAAGUUGAUAAUAUGAUUAUUCAAUCAAUUUGUUUAUUGGAACAAUUGGAUAAAGAUUUAAAUACCUUUUUCAUGAGAUUAAGAGAAUGGUACUCAUGGCAUUUCCCAGAAUUAUUAAAGAUUAUUGAGAGUCAAGUACACUUUGCAAAAUUAGCAAAAUUAAUUCAAAAUAAAAAGAAUCUCACAGAGGAAUCAUUGGAUGAAAUUAAAGAGAUCCUCGAAGACAAUGAAUCAUUGGCAAAGGAUGUCCUCAGUGCUGCCAAAGCAUCAAUGGGUGGUGAUAUCAGUCAAAUCGAUUUAGUUACCGUCAUGCAUUUUGCUGAUCGUGUCAUCUCCUUGGAUGAAUAUCGUACCAAUCUCACUCAAUACUUGGCAAAGAAGAUGCAAGAUAUCGCUCCAAAUCUUAGUGCACUCGUUGGUGAUCGUAUCGGUGCUAAAUUGAUCUCACGUGCUGGUUCUCUCACUUCUUUGGCUAAAUACCCAGCUUCAACCGUUCAAAUUCUUGGUGCUGAGAAAGCUCUCUUCCGUGCCAUGAAAGUUCGUGGUAAAACUCCAAAAUAUGGUAUCAUUUUCAAUGCCUCUGCCGUCUCUUCUGAAACUAAAAACAAAGGUAGAAUCGCUCGUUGUCUCUCCAAUAAAAUUUCAAUUGCCACUCGUAUCGAUUGUUUCUCUGAUAAUCCAACCGCUAAAUUCGGUGUUGCCCUCAAACAACAAGUUGCCGAUAGAAUUAAAUUUUUCAAUAAUGGUGUCGCUCCAAAGAGAAAUUUAGAUGUCAUGAAAGAAGUUAUCGAGGAAGUUGAAAAAGAUUUCGCUGAGGAAGAAGUCAAACCAGUCGUUAAAGAAUCAUCAAGCAAAAAGAGAAAAGAAUCUGAACCAACCGAAGAGAAAUCCUCAAAGAAAUCAAAGAAAGAAGAAAAAUCCUCAAAGAAAUCAAAAUCUGAUGAUGUUGAAAUGAAAGAAGAGCCAGUCAAAGAAGAAAAGAAAUCAUCAAAGAAAUCUUCAUCAAAGAAAGAAGAAGAACCAGUUAAAGAAGAAAAGAAAUCAUCAUCAAAGAAAGAAGAUAAAAAAGAAAAGAAAGAAUCAAAGAAAGAUGAAAAAGAAGAAAAAAAAUCUUCAAAAAAAGAUAAAAAAGAAAAGAAAUAA